UGGAGGCUCUUUGUAUGUAAAUAUUGUGUAAAGAAGGCCCUCCCUGCUUUUGUAAUUAAUUGACACGUUAUCCCUCUCAUCAUGGGCUGAAGCACCAAUGGUGGAGGCUCCAGGCUCCCCCCUAACCCACAAUUUCCCAUCUGCAAACACUGUCUUCAUCCACUUGACUCCCAGGACCCGCCCACACGUGGCCAACCUUUGGCGUUGUUCCUGCUCUUUCUCGGCAGGUUCACGGGUGUGCAGGACCAACUUUAUAUGAAGUGAGCCUCAACCUAGCAAUGGCUUAGUUUGGUGCCAGCUAUCAGUCCCUGUGCAGUGUACAACAGCCAGUUUCCUGACUAAAGGCACGUUGGCAUUCUUCCUACACCUCCACUUUCUUUUUCAGGAGCCAGUAGCAUUUUACGCUCCUAUGAAUUUAUUCUAUCAGAUUCAGACCUUGUUAUAAUAUUGACUAAAUUUUCCCCAGUCCUUUACCACUUUUUGCUUUGUUUUGUUAUUGUGUGUCUCUACGUGUGUGUUUUGAAACAGCGGAUUGCCAGACUGGUGCUUCAACUUCCUUGCUUCCAUUUGGCCAGAAUAUGUCGCUGACCAACACAAAGACGGGAUUUUCUGUCAAAGACAUCCUAGACCUGCCUGACACCAACGACGAGGAAGAGUCCUUGACUGAAGGAACAGAGGAAGAUACUGAUGGGACUGAACCUGCUAAAACUCGCGGACUGUUGGGACAAACUUCUUUGGAAACUGCUCAGACUCUGCCAUUGAAGAACCCUUUUUAUGACAGUAGUGAUAAUCCUUAUACACGGUGGUUGGCCAGUACUGAGGGAAUCCCUUAUUCAUUGCAUGGACUAUCCACCAGCAGUUCUCAACAGGAUUCGCCCAGUAAAUCUCCAGAACCUUCUGCGGACGAAUCCCCAGACAACGAGAAAGAAACUUCAAGCAGUGGAGACUCUGGGAAGAAACGGAAAAGGAGAGUACUUUUCUCUAAGGCUCAGACUUACGAACUGGAGAGGCGCUUCCGACAGCAAAGGUAUUUAUCGGCGCCGGAACGCGAACACCUGGCUAGUUUAAUUCGCCUGACUCCCACCCAGGUGAAGAUCUGGUUCCAGAACCACAGGUACAAGAUGAAGAGGGCUCGAGCAGAAAAAGGUAUGGAAGUGACUCCACUCCCGUCCCCUCGACGGGUAGCUGUGCCCGUCUUAGUCAGGGAUGGUAAACCAUGCCACACACUUAAAGCACAGGACUUGGCAGCAGCUACCUUCCAGGCUGGUCUCUCCUUCCCCACUUACACAGCCCAGUCUCUACAGCAUAUGCAAUACAAUGCCCAUUACAGUUCGGCUACCACACCCCAGUACCCAACAGCUCAUCAUCUGGUACAGGCCCAACAAUGGACUUGGUGAAUGCACUUUCUCAUUUUCUUUUUCAUCAGACUGAUGCUCCCAGUCCAUAAAAUACAGGACCCCAUAAUGUACUGAAGAAUUUUUUUUUUCAUUUUCAAUUUGGGGCUGAGUUACUCAAGUAGCAACCCGUUCAUUUAUUGAUAUCUCAGUGCGCCACACUUUCGAGGUUUUCAGCAGAAACGCAUUCCUGCUUAAAACAGAAAAAUAUAAUUCCAAUGCUUUUGUGACUCUGUAAAGUAUAUGUGUGUUGUAGAGAUGUGGUUAUUGGAUAUAAAACAAGCACGGAAGCAUUAAUAAUAUAGUAAACUUUAUUUCAUUCUCUUUUUUAUAAGAAGGUUUUAAAUAUUUAUGGCCAUGUACAAAGUCUGACAAUUGUAAAUAACUUGUGCUAAUUGUUCGAUGAAUAGAUGCCUUCAGGGCAUUUGUUGAAUGCAAGUUGCAGAAAAUGUCCUAGUCCAUAUAAAUAUAUCCUGUAAAUAAAUUCAAAGCAGAAGCGCGUGGAUGGCAACCUACAUUUUUAUAAGAAUUUUAAUAAAAUGAGAUGUUUCAGAAAUAA